CUUUCAGUUUAAAAAGUGAGUGUAAGAGAACAUGGUAAAUACGCUUAUGGGCAAGAUCUCAAAAUUGUCUUUUCAGGCUGAUGUUGUUGUCAAAGUGCAGGAGGUCUGAGAUAUGCCAGACCUCCUAGCAGGGUAGGAUUCCAGCCAGAAAACUCAAGAGGCAACAUUCAGAAUCAAUUAUGGCGCAGGCUCAAGGGCUGGGGAAGAGAUACAUUAAAGCCUUUUUUAAAGGUUUCUUUGUUGCUGUUCCAAUAACGGUGACUUUCCUGGAUAGAGUUGCCUGCGUUGCAAGGGUGGAAGGAGCGUCAAUGCAGCCUUCUUUGAAUCCUGGGGGAAGACAAGCAUCUGAUGUAGUGCUCUUAAACCAGUGGAGCAUUCGAAAUUAUGAUGUACAACGUGGGGACAUUGUGUCAUUGGUGUACUUACCUUUUCUCCAUGAGGAGGGUCUGGGCACUCAUUGCAAUUUACCAUCUAUACUGAAGUCUUCUUCCUUACCAGUUCCUUCUGGGUGAAAGUGUCAUACAUCUCAGGGACUUCCUCUGUAGGAACG